CAAAAAAACCUUCCCGGCUGGCUUCCCUGAGGAACGUGGCGUCCCAGUGAGACCGGAUGGGUGAGGAGCAGCCGGCCAGUGAGUGAUGGGGGACCGCGUUCCUAUCUUGGAGCUGAAGAAGCGUGGAAGAUGAUCUGGCCCAACAUCCCUUUGUUCUCAGAGGAAGGGCCUUCCAAGACCGGGGAGGGGCCUGUGCGUGGGUCCCGGUCCGAAACGUGUCUGGGCUGCUGCGAGAGGUAGUCGGUGAAGGAAGGGAGGGGACAUCCGAAGGGUGGCCAGGGAGGCCGGGAGAUGGUAAGGAGGGCGCCUCCUCUCCACCAAUCCAAAUCCUCCCCAUCCAUGCGGGAUAGGGACAGACCCUCCCCCGCCCACCUUGGGCUUGAAAGUGAACGUUUUCUGCACCUCUCCCACCUACAGACUAGGUAGGGCCCCCGGUUCCCGUGUCGGCUUCACCACUGACUCGAAUUGGGAUCUACCUUUCUCUGAGCCUCGCUUUUCCCAUCUGAAAAAUGGAACUUCCGAUCCCGCACUCCCAUCCACUCUGGCCCCGGGACUCUGGGAUACUUAGAGAUUGGCUUUUGGUGGGGCGGCGACAGGACUGUGGCCAUGAAGGCCAGGGGGUCUGGGUCCCCAACUCGGUCCCAUUCCCUAGGGAGAUUCGGGCAGCAACCGGCCCCACAAUGCUCUUGAGAACUACACUUCCCCGAUAUGCAAAGGGGAGGAGGCGGUUCCUGCUAGUCUCCGACGACGUGGGCCCGAGCAGGCCUGGGGACUACGACUCCCGGCGUGCUCCGCAAUCCAAAGCCGGAAGAGCGUGGACCCGGAACCGGAUGUGGCUUGCGGCUCCGGUGGCCGAGCGCGCGGGGAAAUGGCCACGGGGACAGACCAGGUGGUGGGACUCGGCCUCGUCGCCGUUAGCCUGAUCAUCUUCACCUACUACACCGCCUGGGUGAUUCUCUUGCCAUUCAUCGACAGUCAGCAUGUCAUCCACAAGUAUUUCCUGCCUCGAGCCUAUGCUGUCGCCAUCCCACUGGCUGCAGGCCUCCUGUUGCUCCUGUUUGUGGGACUGUUCAUCUCCUACGUGAUGCUGAAGAGCAAGAGAGUGCCCAAGAAGGCUCAGUGAAGGUCCCGCGGGGAUGAGGCUGCCAGCCCCUUCUCUGCUUCCCCUCCAGCACAGGGACCAAGUUGGGGAGCCUGCAGAACCUGUCCAGGCACAGUGGCUCCUCAAGCCUGCCUGUCCUGCAGAGUCCCCAUGGCAUGGAGUUUACCCCUGACUGACUGGAGCCCCCUCCCCGACUCCCACUUCCAGAAGCUAGGAGGGAGGGAUACCUGGAAGACUCCGGUCACCCCCUUCUUGCUCAGGGCCUAAAAGUUGCUGGUCCUCCCAACCUCACUCUCAGACUCCCUGCCACCUUUUUCCCUGGGUUCUGCCAUCUUGCCUCACUUCCCCUCCUGUCACUUGCUGACGUUGGACUUAGCAGGUUCUAAGGCCGCAUGUGUGACCUCUCUGACCUCUCUCCACAAAUCCUGCUCCUCCACCAAGGCAGCUUUCCUUAGCCUGACACAGCUCCAGACCCCACAAAGCCUUCUGGACCUGGAAAGCCUGGAGAAGGACUGACAGACCCCAGGACCAGCCCUGGGGCUCAGGGCAGCCACCCUGGGCCGCUGACCGACCGACUGCUCCUCAUGGAGGCCCAGCCCCAAAGCCCCAGGGCUGGCCUGUUUGGGACAGCUGACCAAUAAACACUGAUUGUGUGUU